AUAGAGUACGAAUGUUAAAAUAUUUUAAAAUCGAUAAAUUAAUUUUGUAAUGAUUACGUUAAUUAAAAUAUAAAUGUUCUUAUAAUCCUAGUACUAUAUUAUUGAAGCUAGUUUUUUUUUCUUUUUUUUUUUUUUUAAAUCAAAACUCAUAAAAUUGAUAGAUAUAAAUAAAUAAUAAAUUUGAAUUAUAAUUUGAGGUUACUUCUGUAUAACAUGGAAAGAGAAGAAAUUUGUCGAUAUUUUGGCGAAAUAAUUAAAAAUGAAAAAGAUGUGUCAGCAGGAAUGGCAGCUAUACGAACGCUUUUAACAAUUUUAGAACGCUCUAAAUCGGAAACUGUACAAGAAGUUCAAUAUUGUUUACAAAACGCUAUUGAUGCAAUGAGAUCUUUGGAUUACCCAGUGACAUCAAUUGCAUCUGGGUCUGAAUUGUUUCUACGAUUUAUUACUUUAGCAAGUUUAGAUACUCCAUCGUUUGCGGAGUGUAAAGGGAUAAUGCUCCGUCGAGGGAAAUUGUUUUAUGAAAAAUUAGUAAACGCUCGUAGUAAAGUUGCUAAAUUAGCAUCUAGUUUUAUUACGGAUGGCUGUAAAAUUUUAACGCAUUCAAAAUCUAGAGUCGUGUUGUUAGCAUUAAAAGAAGCUGCUGCUAACAACAAAAUUUUUCAUGUUUAUGUUACACGGUCCGCUCCAGAUAAUAUAGGGGAAGAAAUGUAUGACAAUUUAAAAAAAUUAGGAGUAUCUUGUACAUUAAUUCUUGACUCAGCGAUUGGUUACGUUAUGGAACAAGUAGAUAUGGUAAUGGUUGGUGCCGAAGGUGUUGCUGAAAGUGGAGGUAUAAUCAAUAAAAUUGGCACCUAUACCCUUGCAAUGUGUGCAAAAGAAAUAAAAAAACCACUUUAUGUUCUUACCGAGAGCUUUAAAUUCUCGAGAAUAUAUCCGCUCAAUCAAAUUGAUCUAUCGGAUGAGUUUAAAUAUACGACGAGUACACGAGUGAAGAAUUUAAAGAACGAACAUCCACUGGUAGACUAUACACCACCUCAAUAUAUUAAUUUAUUAUUUACUGAUUUAGGUAUACUAACACCAUCCGCGGUAAGCGAUGAACUUAUAAAACUCUAUUUAUAAAUAAAAAAAUUAUAAAAAAACUAAAUAAUAAAAAUUUCUACAACUUUAAA